AUGAAUAUGUCUGGUGUAGUUCUAUUUACACUUUCUGGCUAUAGUGUGAUAGUCAACUAUAGAAUCUUACUUUUCUCUUUCAGUUUACUGUGUUAUUGUCUAAUCCUGGUGGUAAAUGUGUCUCUCAUUUUAACCAUAAUCUUGGAUCACAACUUACAUGAACCCAUGUAUGUUUUUUUGUGUAAUCUGUGCUUCAAUGGACUCUAUGGAACUGCUGGCUUUUAUCCCAAAUUUGUCUUUGAUCUGCUGUCUGAUGUUCAAGUAAUAUCAUAUACAGCAUGCCUUUUGCAAGUCUUUGUUAUAUACUCCUAUGCAACAGGUGAUUUCUCUAUUUUAGCUCUUAUGGCCUAUGACAGAUAUGUGGCCAUAUGUCGACCCCUGGAGUAUCACUCUGUGAUGUCUGUGCGAAGGAUUGCUGCGUUAAUAGCUUUUACCUGGGUUGUACCUCUAAUGUGUCAGUGUAUGGUUGUAACUUUGACAUCCACACUGAAAUUAUGUGGCUCCCGCAUAGAUAAACUCUACUGUGAGAACUGGUCAAUUGUUAAACUUGCCUGUGGCUCAACCAGAACAAAUAGCAUAGUUGGACUGAUUGUUAUUGCUUUCUAUUGUGCUCAUGUCCUCUUGAUUGCAUGCUCAUAUGUGCAGUUGGUACAGUCAUCCUUAAAAUCCAAAGAGGGAAGGAGAAAGUUCACACAGACAUGUGUGCCACAUCUAUUAUGUCUGUUUAAUGUCACAGCUGCUUUGCUCUUUGAUACAAUGUACUCGAGGUAUGGAUCAGCAGCUAUACCUCAGAAUUUAAGGAACUUCAUGGCCUUACAUUUUCUUGUGAUGCCCCCUAUUCUCAACCCGAUUAUCUAUGGACUGAUCCUGGCUAAAAUUCGAAACAGAAUGGCAACUCUGUGUAUGAUGGCAGGUCAAAGAUUAAGGUUGAGACUGAAGGCCUGA